CGCAGCCUCUAGAAACACAGGGCUAGCUAUUACGGGCGCUGGACGGUUGAACAAAACUACGCGCACCAUCACAUAUCCAGUUUGAGUGAUCAGGAACAAGAGAGGGCAUCAGCAUCUCAUCAGCACCCAGAAGCACCAAAAUCUGAGCGGGCAAUCUGCGGUGGUUCACCCGCUCACACACAACACCAGAGGCAGCGAUGCAGAGGUUCGGAGUGUCCGCGGGAAGGUGUGGGUUUCCGUCUCUCCUUAUUCACAGCAGCUCAUCGAGACAAUUGUCUAGCUUUUCGUCCGGCCCAGAGCAUGAUGACUAUUGGACAGCUGCGAAAACUGAGGCACAAGCAACACCAGCCUACCAACAGGCUGCAGCUACCGCCACCGCUCCCACUCCUUCGACACCGACUGCUAGUGGAGACCGGUGGGCGCAGCCUGGAGGGCCGAGCCCGGGAACGAUGCCAAUGGGUGAAGCAUACAAGCCCUCAAGCAGCAGUAAUAUGUAUGGAGGCCGCAGCAGCAGCUCUUACGGCCGUUCGAGCAAUACAUUCAACUCGAACUCGGGCGAUUUCGUGCCCCCCCCGCCCACUUUCGAUAUGCAGAGCUCGAUGCACCUAUCUCCCGUGAGGCAGGCUGAUGUGCGCUUGUUUAAGGGCAGACCUCUGGUGGACAUCCGGCAAUAUUUUAGGGGCGCCGAAGGACAGGCUGCCCCUACGAAGAAGGGCAUUGCACUCACAAUACCUCAGUGGAGACGCCUGCAAGAAGCCAUGGCCGACAUCGACAAGGAGAUCUUCGCGCUUGAGGAACAGCAACGCUCGUUGGCCGCUGUCGACGCGCAUCUCCUAGAGCUUGCGGAACAGCCUUUUGAGGUUGGAGAUGAGGAGCCUGACAAGCAGGCACCAUAGCGGCUUGGGAAGCUGGAAAAAGGGAGGAUGGAGAGCUGUAUCUCGCGCGGGUGCUGCAAGGGCGAUGUAAGGGGGAGGGAGGGCGUACUCAUGUUUUGCGAGGUUAGACCAUUGGCCACGCGUGGAAGAGGGGCGUGUUUUCCGUAGACGUAGUAUUCCCGAAGACUACAACGGUGAUCAAUGGCAAACGCGAGUUUGAGUUGGUUGCGACGGAGAUGGUGUGUACGGGUCCAUGCCUGCGUUUCUGUAGUUCGUAUCGAACGCGCUAACUGCUGACCAACGAAAUACGCAUCCCGUGUGUUUGUGUCUUCAUUAUUGGCAUCGACCGCGCUGACCG